AUAAAUCCAAAUUUUGGCUUUUUCCAAUUCACACCACAUUACUGCCAUCAGAGAGAUAGCUGCAGGAGAUAUUGAUGUGUCAUCUGCAAAGAGGGUAUAUUUGGGCAUUAUCCCAUCAUUUGGGAGACCUCAGACAAGAAGGCGUAUGGGGCCUAGGACAGAACCUUGUGAUAGGACUCCACCAAUAUUGGAGGAAAAACUAUGACAAGGCAAUUUUACUGUUUCGUGUAAAAAGCCUUCAUCACACCUGACAGCAGAUCAAGGAUUGCGUCUGAUUGCUUUAAAACCAAACUGCUUUUCGGAAAAAAAUCCAUUUGUCCCAAAGAAUUCUGAUUUGAGUGGCCAUGUAUUUUUCGAUAAUUAGGAAGAGAGAUAUUGUAG